GCAGGCGGAGGAGCCACUGAGCUAAAUCCCCAGUCCCCUCCCUCACCCCGUGAAAAGAGGAGCCCGUGCUCAGAGAGGUUUAUUUACAUCAGCAGGAAACUGUAGAGUCAGGAACUGGAGCUAGGUCUGUGACAGAGCCGGGACUGUCCACUGUUGUCAAGGGGAUUGCAAGAAGGCCCAGAACAGAUGCUGAGGUGGUCCUCACUAGCAAGGGGAGAGGCGCCCGGAAAGACGUAGAGCCGGAGGUCCAGAGCUGUGCAGCAACCAGUGAGGAAAGUGUUUGUAUCGCCGGUAGAGGACAUGGCUUUUGCUCUGAGGCUCCUCUGAGCAGAUGAAGAUCAGGCCCAACUUCAGAGCUAUUUAGGGUCUGAAAGAAACGGGUCAGCGGCAAUCCAAGCCCUCGGCUCCCAGCGAAAGUAAGGCCCAGUUUGGGGUCGUGGGGGAGGGGCCAACUCAGGCUCCUCCCCAACCAUUGUGGCGGCAGAGCCAACGGGGGAAAUGCGUGUUGCUAACCAAUCAGGAUGCGGUAUGUAAAUGACCAGCGGAGAGCCGCCCCGCGACUACGAAGCUCGGCGCCCAGGAGCAGCCCUGCGAGGGUCUGGGAGGGGACUCUAGUGAGCGGUCGGCCCGGGUCCGGGUCCGGUCCGGGUCUGGGAGGAGGGAGACCUACAGACCAGAGUCGGUGCCCCACCUGGACAGCGCAGCAUGGGACUGUGUGCGGAUGCCCGGGAGACCCCUAGCAGAGGAGGGGCGUCCUGAAGGAGGCAAGGUGCGCGGAGCGAGGGACUCCCGGACCCCACGGUCGCUGACGCGGGGGCGGGGGACUCAGACCCUCCGACCCCUCGCGCUGCCCCGCACGGAGAGCGGUCCGCUCCUGUGCCGUGGACUGAAGAGCGAGGAGGCGAGCAGCAGGCCUGGCCACUUGCACCAUGGCCGGCUGUCGCCACCACUCGGGGUACCUGGCGGACGACGAGGCUGCCCACAGCACCUGCAGGGCGCGGGUACCACCACCGAAGAAGCCACUCUUGCCAGAGAUGGGACCAGCCAUCAAGCUGGGUCGUGUGCCACAUACGCCAUCAGCGGGUGGCGGCUCAGCACACCGGGGCUACUGUCAAGCUGCUAAGAGACCUCAAGCUUUUGGAAGCUUCCUAGAUUUCCUCACAGAGGGCCAGGUACUGGACAGUCUACAGACAGUGGUGGAAGAGGCAACCGAACGCCUAGCCACCAUGAAGACGGAGGCGGGGGUGCCGCUGGUGGAGGUGCAGGACCCCACACAAGUGCCGGGCGGGAAGCGGCAGGCGCGUGCCCGACCGAGCUUUAGCACUGUGAGGCGGCACCGUGCGCGGCCCACCCUCUGCACUGGACACCCCAAUAACUACCCAUCCUGCUCCAGCUCCGCGUCCCACUCCCGUAGCAGCCUCACAGCUGGCCGUCUGGGCUCCCACAGCCGGGACAGUGACCUAGGUCCCCAAGGCUUAGGAUCACUGCCCCCCAUGAGAGACAGACUCCUGCUGGAGAAAAACCUCAAGCGGUUGCUACAGCUGGAGAACAAAGGGAGAGGCUGGAGUCAGCCCUGUUCCCAGAGGGACUCCUUGCUGUGGAACUCGCCCAGCAGCCAGACCGCCAGCCAGUGGACCCAGGAGCAGCCCUUGUCCUGGUUCUCAGGGCUGCUGGGCUCCAGCUCAGGGACCCCUGAAGCAUCAGAACCGGGACCUGGAGAGCAGGAGCUGAUUUUCCUCAAAGGAAAGUCGAACAAGGAGAGGGAGCCUGUGCUGAGCCAGCCGACGUCCUUGGACCUGCCCGGCUACUGCGUCCUCCGUGAGCCCCAUCGGACCCUGGACUUCCUGGCCAAGCACCGCCUCUUCCCUGCGCUGCAGAGUGUGGUCAGCCAGGCUGCGGACAAGCUCAGGGGUGCCCGCUGCCGCGAUGGCUGCCCCCUCUUCCCUACCAACUCCCAGCUCACCUCAGCACCACCACUUAACCACAGUCAGGGGCUGCCAGACUCCAAGCCAGCCGAGGGGGAGGAGCCCAGUGAUUCUCUCCACACCACAGUGUCCAACCCCAAGUUACCUCACCGAAAAAGCAAGAAUGGAUUGGGCUCCCCUGUGUCUAGUGCCCAGGUGGCCAACAGAUUCAAGUUCAAGAGCUCCAACACCAAGUUCACAAAGAAGCCACUGCCUUCCAUCUCGCCCAAGUCCAGCGUGUCCCACCUCUCCAACCCCUGUUUUGAGGAGAUCAUCAGCUUCUUGGUGGAGCAGGCGGUCUCCUUGCUCACCCUCAAGUACAAGUACGAGAAGAGCCUCCAGCAGCAGCUUGGCUUCGUCUCCUUUCCUGUCACAGAGGCUCUCGUGGACCUCUUCCUGGGCUUCAAGGAGGUGAAGGGCUCCCGGAUUCGUCUGUCCUCAGGGAUGGACUGGAGCUGCCUGCUGCGCAAGCUGCAUGAGGCUGAGCGGGCGCUGCAGGCCUCCCAGGUGCAGGGCUCCCAGGUCAGCAGCGGCUCCUCGAAGCCUGGCUCCCACCGAGUCCACACCUUGCCGCUGGGUGCCUCCCGGCGCAGCACAAAGUCUUCAUCCCUUCAGCCCAUGCCAGCCACCAGCAGCAGCCGGGACCAGGUUGCAGAGCUUGGCCUCCCUCUGGAUGCCGAGACGUCGAUCCAUCAGCUGCUCGGCCCCCUCCAGCCCGUUGCAGCCGAGAGGCAGGACCCCAAAAGCCUGUCACAGCCCGGGCCCUUUGUGUCCCCGGACCAGAGCGCGGGAUCCAGUCUCCCCAACUCCAUCGAGAUUGAGGACAACCGGAGCAAUGCUGAGACCGAAGCCGAGGAUAGCACGGAGGACAAAGAUGAGGGCGUGGAUCUCUACAAGGAUGACGGCCAUGGUCCGGAGGCCACAGUCAGGCGGUCUGCGGACGUGGGCCACAGUGAUCCCCCGUGAGGUCCCUGUAAGUCACACCGAGUGGUCCAUUCCCUGCUUCUCCACCUGGUCCUUACCCUGCGCAAGGUCAGGAUGGGUUGAAUGUCCACGGGGACCUCUGCUGACACUUGCGGGGGAGCCAGUGGGAGAAACAGAAAUAAAAUGUGUUAAGUGGGACACAAUCUUCUCAUCCUGGGAUUUCAGCCUGCC